GGGGAUCCCACCCUCGCCUGAGCGGUGCUGUCAUCUGGAACUUCACACCUGAAUGAGCGCCAAACCCCUGGGACGAUAUAAAGGCACUCCGCAAGCAUUGGGCGGCACUUGGGGAAGAAGUGGCCGCAGAGACAGAGAAGCACUUACGUUCCAAGAGGCCCUGCGAUUGCUCUGACUAUGCUUGCUGCCGCUUUGCAGCUCCCGAGUUUUCUGCUGGCCUGCGCGCUCCUGAAAAGCUGCGUGGCAUUCAAAAACGAUGCGACCGAGAUACUUUAUUCCCACGUUGUCAAAACCGUCCCGGCCAGCAGCCACAAUAACACCAUGAAUCAAGCGAGGCACGGAGGCAGGCAUGCAGGUUUCGAUCGGAACAGUCGAGUUCAAGUUGGCUGUCGGGAACUGAGAUCAACAAAAUAUAUUUCAGAUGGUCAAUGUACUAGCAUAAACCCUUUGAAAGAGUUAGUAUGUGCUGGGGAAUGCCUUCCUUUGCCAGUGCUACCUAAUUGGAUUGGGGGAGGGUAUGGAUCCAAGUAUUGGAGCAGAAGAAGCUCACAGGAAUGGAGAUGUGUCAAUGACAAAACUCGCACCCAGAGGAUUCAACUGCAAUGUCAAGAUGGAACCACAAGAACCUACAAAGUAACUGUGGUUACAGCUUGUAAGUGUAAACGAUACACAAGACAACACAAUGAAUCAAGUCAUAACUUUGAAGGAGCAACUCAAGCCAAGCCAAACCAACAUCAUAAAGAAAGAAAAAAGAACAGUAAAUCUACGAAGCAGUCUCCAAGUUUGAAGACCCAGAACUAACACAACCCGUCUUAUGUUGUGGUAUAUAUACAUUUGGGUAUAUAUACAUUUGUGGUUUUGACCAAACUCAGAAGGGCAUUAUUUUCUGAAGGAUUUUUUAAGAUGUGACCCUUCAUAUUUUAAAGCUGGCCUAUAAGCCUUCAGUUUAUUGGUUUAUAUACACAUAUCUAAAUAAAUAAAAUGAAUAUUUGUUGCCAUGGGAAGUCAAACAUUUUAUACUGCAGACAGCAGCUAUUCUGAAUUUUUCAGGGGCACUUUCCAGAUCACAUAUUUUAUUGGCAGCAGACAUCUUGUUUAAAAUAAAUGUUUUAAUUAGAUUUUAUCAGGGUGAAAUUAAGACAUUUGUUUUUUUAAAAAAGAUGUCAUUUGCCUGGGAUUAUUUUUCCCCAUAAUAUAACUAUAUGAACAAAUUGCUCAACAACAAAAAAACAAUAAUGCAAGAAAAAAUGAAAUUUGAAUAAAACCUAUUUAUUUGACAUUGUAAUUAUUUAAUGAAUUUUAAUAUGCUUUAUAUUUUUAAGAUGGUUUUGUGAUAUCUUUACCAUUCUUUCAAGCAUCAAAAUAUUUUCCUAUGAUUUGUUACCAAAUUAGAAUAUAUCUGUAGAUAAUGUAAAUAGAUAUUUUAACCUUUAUACUUUUUCUUAAAAAAAAGAAACACAUUUCAAGUGAGAAAUUCUAAAAAUGUUUUGUAAAUACUUUGUAAAAUACAUUUUUUGCAGUCCAAAGAUUGACUUGU